AUUGCGAAGUGUCGAAGGGAGGAGACGCAGAGGGAGAGAGAGAGAGAGGAAGAGGAGGGAGAGUCGGAGCGAUGGGUUCGAGCGCCCCCCUCUCACCUUCCCCAAUCCUCCUCAACAUCGGGGGCAAGAAGUAUGCAACAACUAUCGAUACACUUACUCAGCGUGAGCCUGAUUCCAUGCUCGCGGCGAUGUUUAGUGGCAGGCAUACAAUUAUUCAGGACUCUGAAACGGGAAUGAUAUUUGUUGAUAGGGAUGGGAAACAGUUCAGGCAUAUUCUCAAUUGGCUGAGAGAUGGUGUAGUUCCUGCCCUCCAAGAAUCAGAAUACCAUGAAUUAUUGCGAGAGGCAGAAUACUAUCAAUUACUUGGGUUAGCUGACUACAUAAAAGCAAAUAUGAAUAAGAAGAAAGAUGAAGAUACUUCAAAACCUGAGUUGACACGAACAGACAUUAUCAAAUGCAUCCAGAAUGAAAAAGUUAGAUUUCGUGGUGUGAAUCUUUCUCGCCUGGAUCUCUCUAAGCUUGACCUGUCGUUUGUCGACUUCAGUUAUGCGUGCAUUGAGAAAACCAACUUUUCAUGCGCUAACCUUCAGAAAGCUAAGUUUGGGGACGUGAAGGCUGAAGGUUCUAUCUUCCAUGAUGCUAUUUUGCGUGAAUGUGAAUUUAUUGGAGCGAAUCUUCGCGGAGCUAUAUUAGAUAGGGCAAACCUUCAGAGUGCAAACUUGCAAGAUGCAUGCUUAAAAGAAUGUAGCUUUUGUGAAGCAGACCUUCGAUCAGCGCAUUUGCAGAGUGCGAACCUUGUUGACGCUAACCUAAAAGGAGCAAAUCUAGAAGGAGCUAAUCUCAAGGGAGCAAAGUUGGCUGGUACGAAUUUGCAGGGUGCAAAUCUUCAGCGGGCUUACUUGCGAGAAGUCGAUUUGCGCGAAACUCAAUUAGAGGGGGCGAAGCUUGGUGGUGCAAAUCUACUGGGAGCUAUCAGAUGAGUGAGGCAUAAAUCAAUGGCCAAAGUCGUUUUUGUACCAUACACUUGGUAUUAAGCUGUGCCUGUUGCAUCUACGAUUGUCGCGAGCACCGGUGGUUUCAAUUGUCUUUACUAUAUAACUAAAGAUCAUGUGGAAAUGAGAAUGUAUUAUAAGUUUAUGAAUGAAUCCCAUGUUAGGAGUUAAUAGUAACUGCAAAACUCACGUGUUCAUCGUGUCACGGCUACUUUGGUUUUCUAGAGGACAUUGGUUUACAAUGGCAGUGUCUAUAUUCUUUGAUUUGCUAUAUAUCUCAAUUGGCCAAUACCGAAACGCA